AUGUGUUUGGACAACUCUGCAUCUUCCAAGAGAGAUCUUGAAGCUACCAUGGUGAGGCUCCUGAUGCUGAUGCUGAUGCCUCACACAAUGCGCGAAGUCAGGGCAAUUAAGUGCCCUGCAGCUGAUCCAAUCCUUGUGCCCCAUGAAUGGGGCCAAGCAGGGGACCUCUUCAUUGGUGGAAUUGUUACUCAGAGCACCUACGUUUUUAAUAAACUUUCAUUCAAGGAACAUCCUUCUCGGGAGCUGUUUGACAUUCCACAGGUAACCACAAAGUUCUAUCAGAACAUCCUGGCCUUGGUUUUUGCCAUAAAAGAGAUCAAUGACAAUCCAAAGAUCUUGCCCAAUGUCACCCUUGGUUUCCACAUCUAUGACAGCUACUCAGAUGCGAGAAUGACCUAUCGAACCACUUUGGACCUUCUCUUCAAAUGGCAAAGAUUUGUCCCCAACUACAAAUGUGACACUCAGAAAAACCUCAUGGCUGUGAUUGGGGGACUUACUUCUGAAAUCUCUGUCCAAAUGGCAGAUGUCUUAAGUCUCUACAGGAUUCCACAGCUCACCUAUGGCUCAUUUGCUUCAGAGGAGAGUAAAUCAAUGCAGAAGUCUUUUUAUACCAUGGUCCCAAAUGAAGACCUUCAAUAUGUAGGGAUUAUCCGGUUACUUCAGUAUUUCAGAUGGAACUGGGUGGGGCUCUUUGUUGCCAAAUAUGACAGCGGGGAACAUUUUUUGAAGAUCCUGGAGCCAUUGUUUUCCCUGAAUAGAAUCUGUUCAGCCUUCACAAAAAGAAUCCCACUUCAAGCUCGUCUAGAAUAUAUGGAAAAAAUAUCUGGUGAAAUUGAAGGUAUUUAUGAAGGUCUCAGAGAUGAAAAGGCCCGUACGCUUAUCAUCUAUAGAACAGAUGGGGCAAUUGCAUGGCUGAGAAUGGCUAUCUUUAUAAUAGAUAAUAGAAAUAAGCAAAACGCAUCAUUUGGAAAGGUCUGGAUCAUGACAGCCCAGAUAGAUUUUGUAUCAUUCGGAUUUCAGAGAAACUUGGAUUUUCAGUUGUUCCAAGGUGCCCUUUCCUUUACAAUUCAUUCAGAAGAGUUUCCAGAGUUCAACCAAUACCUCCAGAACAUCCAAACACAGAGGACCAAAGCAGAUGGCUUUUGGAAGGACUUCUGGGAGCAGGCAUUUGACUGUCUCUAUCCUGAUCCAGGUAUGCCUGUGACGGACGAUGACACAUGUACUGGAGAGGAGAGGCUGGAAAGUCUCCCUGCAGGUGUUUUUGAAAUGCACAUGACUGGGCACAGCUACAGUAUGUAUAAUGCUGCUUAUGCUGUAGCUCACGCAUUGCAUGCUAUUUCCUCAUCCACCUCCCUGUGCAGAGCAGUGACCGUUGGUGACAGUGUUGGAUGUCCAUCUCUGCAGCCUUGGCAGAUCAACUCAUUUCUUCAAGGUGUUUCAUUUAACAACUCAGAGGGAGAAACGGUAUCAUUUAAUGAUAACAGGGAAAUGAGAGGAGGAUUUGAUAUCAUGAAUCUGGUCACAUUCCCAAACACAUCUUUCCAGAGAUUGAAAGUUGGACAGGUGGAUCUCAGUGAUAGAGGCCAUAUAGAGUUAAUCAUCAAUGAGGACAAAAUUCUACGGCACCAAAGUUUUAACCAGCACUGUCCAGAACGCAACGGAGAUCAGUUCUGGUACCUCUCAGAUAUGGAUACAUGUUCCAAUUGCCCAGAAGAUCAGUAUCCAAACAAGAAGAGAAAUGGAUGCAUCCCCAAAGUUAUACACUUUAUGUCCUAUAAAGAACCUUUGGGGAUCACUUUAGCCUCACUUAGUGUCUUAUGUUCUCUGAUUACUGCUUUGGUGUUGGCUAUUUUUAUCCAGCACAAAGAUACCCCCAUAGUCAUAGCCAACAACCGAGAUCUCACCUACACUCUCCUGGUCUCCCUCUUGCUCUGCUUCCUCUCCUCUUUGCUUUUCCUCGGCAAACCUGGGGAAGUGACCUGCCUUCUCCAACAAACUGCUUUUGGCAUCAUCUUCUCCGUUGCUGUUUCUUGUGUGUUGGCAAAGACCACCAUUGUUUCUCUAGCAUUCAUAGCCACAAAGCCAGGAUCCAAGAUGAAGAAAUGGGUGGGAAAGAGACUGGCUCAUUCCAUUGUCCUUUCAGCUUCCCUCAUUCAAGUUGGUAUCUGUACUCUGUGGCUGACAACAUCUCCCCCCUUCCCUGAUCUAGACCUGAAUUCAGUAGCUGAAGAAAUCAUUGUGCUAUGUAAUGUUGGGUCUGUCACCCUGUUCUAUUGUGUCUUGGGCUACAUGGGCUUCUUGGCCAUUGCUAGUUUCAUUGUGGCCUUCCUGGCCCGCAAGUUACCUGACAGUUUUAAUGAAGCCCAGUUCAUCACCUUCAGUAUGUUAGCAUUUUGCAGUGUUUGGAUCUCUUUUGUUCCCACCUACCUGAGCACAAGAGGGAAACACAUGGUUGCUGUGGAGAUUUUCUCUAUCUUGGCCUCCAGUGCAGGGUUACUGGGUUGCAUCUUUCCCCCGAAAUGCUACAUCAUUGUGCUCAGGCCUGAACUGAACAGCAGGGAUCAACUAAUACGAAGAAAGAAUUAA